CUUUAUUCUCUCGGCUUCCUCUCCCCUGCUUGCCAGCUCUGAAUCAAGACUCUGAGAGAAAAUAUACUCAUGUGAUCCUCCAUAUUAACCAUUAAUUAACUCCCCUCGCUCUUCCACCUGAAGGGGUAUCAUUGCGCGGGGUCAUGACCCCCCCACGUCCUGGGGUACCGGUCGUCACAGUGACCGAUUGACGUUGGUACUCACUCACGUCGCUUUUUUUUAAAAAAAAAGGGAAUUUUAAAUCGGUCCUGCCGAACGUUUCUCUACAAAAAGCGAAAAAAUGCGCCCCCAAGGUCUGACGAAUUUGCACUGCGUGAGCCCGGAGUAAAGUAAAACUAGUCGCCGCCGCUCUUGUUUACAUUCGACGCCGUUGCUCUGGCAAUAAGAAGCGUCCAAGAUGGCCUCUCUAUUGCAAGGCACGAUCUUUGAAAUCAGCUCACAAGCUCCACCGCCCAGUAAGGACUACUAUCAGCUUUUGGUCACCAACUCAUCGGUAACCUGGAGGUGGUGGAAAAUUUCGCUUCGAAGAGAAUUUCGAAAUGUAAAUCCUGGUGAAAAGAAGACCUCUUACCAGGACUUCUUGGAUGAUCAUAGUCUACAAGUUCAUGUUGCUCUAAUUUUCGGCAAUGAUACCCUCAAGUACGUUUGUAACCUGUGUCAACAGCAGUUUGAUUAUCUUGAACGUCUCCCUAAAGACUUGCUUCUUUAUAUAAUUUCAUUUUUGGAGCUUGAGGACAUCGCCAGACUUUCCCAAGUAUCCAGAAAGUUUAAACAGACGUGCAAUUCAGACGAACUCUGGGAACAAAUAGUGUUGCGAUAUUGCGAUACCAUAACCCCUGAAAUGCAAGCUUUGGCUUUGGAGAUUGGUUGGAAAGAGAUCUUCUUCACCAACAAACUUCAGUUACAGAAAAAGAUCAGUCGAAGACGACAAAGAGUUGAGAAUAAAAGUGAAGAUAUGCCAGAAUCAGAGCUUGCGUUGUAAAUGGAAAGUUGCAUACAUAGUUGGUGCAUGCAAUAGAAAGUUGUUUGCUGCAUAGUCAUUUAUAUUUCCUGCUCAAAUACCACACGGGGGCCUUAAUCCUUUGACUCUUGAUAGAUAAAAUUGUUUGGUAAGAGAUUAUAACUUUAUUACAUAUUGUACUUGUUUUUAGAAAUUGAGCCAUGAGGGAUCCAUUUUUCUUUCAGUGGUAUAAAUUUGAGUGCUCAUAAUGGCCAGCAGGAUGUACUCCACUUACCAUAGUGAGUAAAAUGAAAGCAGGGGUGUCCUUUGCCCAUCCCCGAAGCAGAUAUUAACGCCUUUGAAUGCGCUCAUAAUGGAGAUCUUGAUCUGCUUAUAAUCCAUUCUAAAAGAUGCUUUGGUCUGAGGAAAAGUUUAAAGAAGGUGCACAGUGAAACCAAUCACAAAGAAAGCUUGAAACAAAACUGUAAAAAUUUACUUUUUAAAAUCUGUUCCCAUUUAUUUCACAUCUAUCCCUAAACUGUCCUAAGAUUCUCUGCUCUAAAUUUAUGAGCAGCAUUACUUUCACACCCUCUUUUUAAUAAAGAAUUUCUCACCUUUCCACAUUUUUUUCAUUCUACAUCUGCCCAUCCAUUGUUAUAAUCUGUACAUUAAUGGCCCCUAGAUUUCCAAUACUCAUGAUUCAAGAACACAUGGUGCCGAGGGUGGCUGCCAAAUGCUGUUAUUUUUUCCCUCUCUCUGCACCAACCGACCCCCUGCCUCCCACCCUAUUUCUUGUCAUUUAUCCGACGACCCUUCCAUGAGGCUACCUACACGUAUGGUCCAGCCCUGUAUCUUGGGUUACUCUGAUACUUAGAUAGAAUGUACCCUGAGCAUGGGGUGGAGAAUUACUCAUUUUUGGAACUAUUCUUCAGGACACUGAGCUCAUUGUGAUGCUACAAUAGAUUCAUAAUGUAAAUACUGCAGUUAUAAAAUUGUAUUUUGAUUUUUCUCUUUGUAACCUUUCACUGAAAUGUAUACAUCAAGUAUACCCUUUUAUUCUAACACUCUUUAGUUUUUGUAAUUAUGAACUAAUCAAACAAGCUAUUUUUCAUCUAUUAUACACUUGAUUAGACUUUGUAGUGCAUAUUGGGGAAUUGGAAACACUUACAGAUUUAAAAUCCUAAUUGGAAAUCCAAUAUUCUCUUCAGUGAUCCUAAAUAAAAAGUUUCAAGCAACUUCAGCUUUGUGUGAUGUAAGUACACUAGUUAAUGAUUAAUAAAUAUUUCAUUGUCUAUUGGUGAAAUGUGAGUUUGAGGCUUUAAUACUGAGUACAUUUUUUCUUAAUGUCCUUUUGUUUGACUCUAUUUUCAGCUCUUGAAAUCCUCUCAUCCUCAAAGUUCUUUAUUAAUCUCCAAAUGCACUUCUUCCAAAAGAGGUAGGGAAGAUUUUAAUUGGACUUAUUGAACCUGUAUUACACAGAGUCUAUAGAAGUGAGGCAAAGCAGCAGCAAGGUCAUGGACCCUAUACAGAUUAUAUAGGAGGAGGUGUUUGCUGUCUUGUGGCAAAUUAGGGUAGAUAAAUUCCCAGGCCCUUACAUGGUGUUCACUCAGAUCCUGUGGGAGGCUAGUGCAGAAAUUGCAGGGGACCUAGCAGAGAUAUUUAAAACAUCCUUAGCCAUGGGUGAGGUGCUGGAGGAUUGGAGGAUAGCUAAUCUGUUCCAUUGUAUAGGAAAAGCUCUAAGAAUAAGCCAGGCUGGUGAGCCUAACAUCAGUAGUGAGAAAGUUAUUGGAAGGUACUCUAAUGGACCAGAUAUAGAAAUAUUUAGAUAGACAGGGAGUGAUUAGGGAUAGUCAGCAUGGCUUUGUGUGUGGUAGGUCAUAUCUAACCAAUCUUAGUUUGUUGAGAAAGUUACCAGGAAAGUUGAUGAAGGCAAGGUGUUGGAUGUUACCUACAUGGACAUUAGCAAAGCCCUUUAACAAGGUUCCUCAUGGGAGGUUGGUCAAGAAGGUUCAGUCGCUUGGCAGUCAAGAUGAGGAAGUAAAUCAUAUUAGACAUUGGCUUCCCGGGAGAAGCCAGCAAGUGGUUGCAUCACUGAUUGGAGGCCUGUAACUAGAGGUGUGCCAUAUGAAUCAUUGCUGUCAUCUAUAUCGAUGAUCUGGAUGAUUAUGUGGUAAACUGGAUCAGUGAAUUUGAGGAUGACAGCAAGAUUGGGGGUGUACUGGAUAACGAGGAAGACUCUCAAAGCUUGCAGCAGAAUCUGGACCAGCUGGGAAGAUGGGCUGAAAAAUGGCGGAUGGAAUUUAAUGUAGGCAAGUGCGAGGUGUUACACUUCAGGAGGACCAACUAGGCAAAGUCUUACACAAUGAACAACAGCAUGCUGAAGUUUGUGGUAGAAUAGGGGGAUCUGGGAUUACAGAUCCAUAAUUCAUUGCAAGUAGUGUCUUUGGUAGAUAGGGUUGUAAAGAAAGCUUUUGGAACAUUGACCUUCAUAAAUCAAUGUAUUGAGUACAGGAGGUGGGAUGUUAUAUUGAAAUUGUAUAAAAUGUUGGUGAGGCAACAUCUUGUGUGCAGUUUUGGUCACCUAUCACAGGAAAGAUGUAAAUAAGAUUGAAAGAGUGCAGAGAAAAUUAGCAAGGAUCUUACCAAGACUUGAGGAUCUAAGCUACAGGGAAAAGUUAAAUAGGUUAGGACUUUAUUCCCUACAACAUAUAAGAAUGAGGGGAGAUUUUAUAGAGGUAUAUAUAACUGAGGGGUAUAGAUAGGGUAAAUGCAAACAGGCUUUUUCCACUGAGGUUGAUGGAUGUGAUUUCAUUUGGAUAGGUACAUGGGUGGGAAGCAUAGGGAGAGCUCUAAUCUGGAUGCAGAUGGAUGGUUCAAGGUGAGGGGAAGGGCCUGUUUCUGUUUUAUAGUUAUUGUCAUUAUCAAAGAUUCUAUCAUGCAUCAUAUAAUAAAAACACAUCCAUAAAGAACAUGUUACUUAAUUUGCUGUUUCUGAUUCAUAGUUCUCAAAGACAUAAAUUUAAAUAUCCUUUUUCAAUCACAAGCCAGGUACCAUAUGGUUUAGCUCCAAAACAUACUCUAUACUGUUGUUUGAUGGAUAAUAGAGACUCUCAGAAAUUAAAUAUUUUCAGAUCUCUCAUAGCUUCCUGUACAGAAAUUUUUCAUGCUUAUGAGAUCUCUUUAACCUCUACUUCAGAGUAAAUGAGCCUAUUCAGCUAAAGCAAAUAAUUCAGAGUGUUACUCUGAGAAUCCUUGACACUGGUGUUUUGGGUUUUACAAUUCUUUGAAAUUUUUGUUUUUUUGAGGUUUAAUUCCUGAUGUUUUGCAAUAGGUGUAUUUAAACAGAUGAUGUGACCACUAGUUUCAAGUUGUACUUGCUGUUCCAGUAUGUUGUAAUUCAGUAAACUUUCAAUUUUUUGAGGAAGUCAAUCUGGAGUGAUUAAAAUUCACAAAGGCCUUAAAAGAUCUAUGCUUCUUUCUUGACAACAGACCUGAGCAGUUCCCAUCCACCAGCACCCUCCUCCAUCUGGUGGAAUUGGAAAUGAUCCCCAAUUCUUUCUGCAUUGUAGUGAUGAUUCCAUUGGUGCUGCUUUAUGCACCCAUGCUGAGCUUGUCAAUUUCAUAAACUUUGUCUCUAACUUGGUCCAUUUCUGACAGCUCUCUCCCCUUUCUCAAUCUCUGUCUCCAUUUCUGGAGAUAAAACUGACCACUGAUAUCUAUGAACCUACCGAUUCCCAUGACUAUCUUGACUAUACCUCUUCCCAACCUAUCUUCUCUAAAAAUGCCCCUUUGUCUCUGCUGCAUCUGUUGCUAGGAUAAGGCUUUCCUUCCCUUGACAUCAAAGGUGUCCUCCAUCUUCAAAGAACAGAGUUUCCUUUCCUCCACCAUUUAUGCUGCUCUCACAUGUAUCACCUCCGUUUCCCAGAUGUUCAUACUCACCCCAUCUUCCAGCCACCUUAACAGGGAUAGAGUUCCUCUUAUUCUCAUCUACCACCCCUUGAGCCUCCACAUCCCUACUACCAAACACAUCUUUACCUCCCCCACCCCCCUCCCCCCGCCAAUCCCAACUCUUUGCUUUCUGCGGGGAUCGCUCCUUCCAUGAUUCCCUUGUUCAUUUGUUCUUGUCACUAAUUUCCCUCCUGGCACUUACCCCGCAAGCAGCAGAAGUGCUACACCUGCUCAUUCACCUCUCCCUCACCUUCAUUCAGAACCCCAAACAGACCUUCCAGGUGAGGCAAUACGUCACCUGUGAAUCUGUUGGGGUUGUCUGCUAUAUGAGGUGCUCCCAAUCUACGUUAGUGAGACCCAGUGUAGAUUCGGGAACUGCUUUGUCAGGCAUCUCUGCUCCAUCUGCAAAAAAUCGAAAUUUCCUUGUAGCAAACCAUUUUAAUUCUUAUCCCUAUUCCCAUUCCAACAUGUCAAUCUAUGGCCAACUCUUCUGCUAUGAUGAGGCCUCUCUCUCAGGUUGGAAAAGCAACUCCUCAUAUUGUCUAAUGGCAUGAACAUCAAUUUCAUCAAUUCCCACACCUCCCCCCCCCCACCCCCGUCUCUCUUCAAUUAACCUCUCUGGCCUCUCACCCCUUCUUCUCACCUGCCUAUCAGCUCCCCCUGGUGCUCUGCCUCCCUUUUAUCCCAUGAUGCACUCUCCUCUAUCAGAUUCUGUCUUCCCCAGCCCUUUUGCCUUUUCCACUUUCCACCUCCCAGCCUCUUACUUCAUCUUUCCUCCCCCACCCACCUGGCUUCACCUACUAGUUUGUCCUCUUUCCCCACCCCCUACCUUCUUCUGGCUUCUUUCCCCUUCCUUUCCAGUCCUCAUGAAGAGCCUCAGUUUGAACCAUUAACUGGUUUUUCAUUUCCAACGAUGCCGCCUGAUGUGCUGAACCCUCCAGCAUUUUGUGUGUGUUACUGUGAAUUUCCAGCAUCUGCAGAAUCUCUUGUGUUUAUGAUUAAAAUUAAUUACUGCAUCCAACUCUCAUUUAUCGCCAUGAAACUUCAGCUAAUUGGGCUAGUGCUUAAUUGUGCCAAAAUGUACUGGUCUUGAUGUGUCGUAAUGAACCGUAAUCUACUGUGACCUCCUGGAAAGUGGUAAAGACCUCUCUUUGCAAAUCCAUUAUCUUUUUCGUUCUUAUUUGGUUACCCUGGAAGACACCAAACCUCCAUGCUAGCUAGCUAACAUAUGACACCGAGGCACAGAAGAUUAGGAUUUUUUAUGCUUAGGUUAAUUGCCCAAUGGUUCAGUCAGGAUAAGAUCUAUCUGGAAAGGCUGGCAUCCCCAAUGAUGCAUCCCAAUUUUUAAAUGGAUAGAUGUAAUUCUCACUAAUUAAAUCCCAGUGAGCUGUCAAGAUUGCAUAUGAAUGAACAUCUUAUUCCAACUUCCCAUGUGUUUCUUUUACUGAUUGUUAUAAGUCCAUCUGUCUAGUGAUUCUCCCAGACUCCAUGGGAAAUAUAACUACGUUUAAUUUAUUAUUCCAUCAUUAAUUGUCCAAAACUUUGACACUCUCUUCAGGGAAUCUUUGAAACUUCACACUGGUUAAAAAUAGCCCUAAUUUUUCAUGUCUUUUUUCACAGAUGUAAUCUCCCACUUGACUGAAUCAAUAUAUCUUUAUUAUAAGGGUAUCAAAAAUGUGUAUUCUUGUCUCAUUAUACUUGCUAAACUUUCAUGUUUAUCUAUGUAGCAAGUUCCUCUAUUGCAUCACUUUCUCCAAAAUCUAUCAAUACACGUUUCCAUCAAUUGUCAUUGGAUGCACCCAUCGUACUAAGUUGUGUACAUUCUGGUGUGAUCAAUCAGAACCCUUAGUAAAUUUUACCUUUGGAUCCCAAGUUACGGCCAUCGGCAAUUUUACUUCUUAAUUGUUCUGUACUGUGAGUACUGUGAUAACGACUACUGUGAGUCAGCUGGUGUGAUAUACUGUGUCUGGUGCUCCCGGUGCAGCCUUCUAUAUAUUGGUGAGACCCGACAGACUGGGAGACUGUUUCACUGAACACCUACACUCUGUACGCCAGAGAAAGCAGGAUCUCCCAGGGGCCACAUGUUUUAAUUCCACGUCCCAUUCCCAUUCUGAUAUGUCUAUCCAUGGCCUCCUCUACUGUCAAGAUGAAGUCACGCUCAAGUUAGAGGAACAACACCUCAUAUUCCGUCUAGGCAGCCUCCAACCUGGUGGCAUGAACAUUGAUUUCUCUAACUUCUGUUAAUGCCCCUCCUCCCCUUCUUACCCCAUCCCUUAUUUAUUCCCCCCUUUUUUCUCUCUUUCUGUCCCUCUCACAAUCACUCCUUGCCUAUUUUCCAUCUCCCUCUGGUGCUCCCCUCCCCCUUUCUUUCUCCCUAGGUCUCCUGUCCCAUGAUCCUUUCCCUUCUCCAGCUCUGUAUCCCUUUUGCCAAUCAACUUUCCAGCUCUCCCCCUCCUGCCUUCUCCUAUCAUUUUGGAUUUCCCCCUCUCCUUCCCACUUUAAAAUAUCUUAUGAUCUUUUUUUUCAAUUAGUCCUGACGAAGGGUCUCGGCCCGAAACAUCGACUGUACUUCUUCCUAUAAAUGCUGCCUGGCCUGCUGCAUUCCACCAGCAUUUUGUUUGUGUUACUGUGAUAAUUUAUUUGCCUUGCCAUGUCCCUCCUAUAGUAUCAAGUGUUGUAAUAAAAAUUACAAUAAAAGGAUGAUGCAUUUUCCAACAGUUAAGCAUCUGAAAUUGCCAUAGUGUUUUGAAGAUUCUGCUUUAUAAUGACUACAUAGUUGAUGUGCACAAAAUUGGUCCAUUGUAGUGAUGAGAACCAGAGGUGGGUGAUUGCCAUGGGAUCAUGUUUUAAUGUGCUUCAAGACUAAACUCUGCACUUGAACUAAUGCUGCCACAGUUUUUAUUAAUAAUGCUGACAAUGUUGUACCUCAAUACUAAAAUGUUAAAUUUGAAACUCAAUGGUCAAUUUAGAAUAAAGGAAGCUUUACAAAAUCUGGGGCAUUAAUAGAAGGAAAUAGCUGUAGGAAGUGCCAAGAUUUUAGAGAUGCUAUUUUAUAUAAUUCUCUCCAUUCCUCUCAUUUGAAAUAAAAUCACUUUCAACUCCCAUUUUCCCUUUGAAGCCCAUCAUAUAAUUUUUAUUUUGUUCUAUUGUGAGGUUGCCUCCUUUGACUUCUUUUAUAAUUUGAAACGAUUCCAUCCUACCCAAUAUAAAACGGGUAACUUUCAACUUCACUGGUUAUUCAGAAACUCAUAAUGUCCUUUUUAAAAGUUUUCAACAUGGCAUAACUAACUCUUCCAAGUUAGUCAAUUACUUUGAACUCUAGAUGAAAAGUUGGGUUACAGUAUCCAAAGUAUUUUCAAUUGUAAAUACCAAGAGUAAAAAAAGGCUACUUGUUAUCAAAUUGUAAAAUGUUGUUAAAAAUAAUGUGCUGGCAAAUGCAUUGUGACAUCGAUUUGAUAUACUUGUUCUGCGGCAAUUGCUUUCUGGAAUUUCUCAUGAUAUUACUUAUGUAAUGUAUUUUAUAGAAACAUGAUUAUUAACAUAAAUUGGUAGCAUAUCUUUUGAUAUUAAAUCUGAAACACAUUCUUAGUGAAAGUUAACACUAAUUAUUUGCUUGUUUAUAUUAAGCAGUAUUGAAUGUUAUAAACACAUUAAUAAAGAAAAAUUGCCAGUUCAUUUUGUCAUAUAAAUUGCAGCUGUUUCAUACAACAAAAUGAUGAUUGUUUAUUCUUACAAUCAAAACAAUAAAACAAGAGUUACCUAUUUUAGCAGCA